CUUGUCAAAAAAUAUCCAGAAGAAACAGUCGUCAGCUUCCAUGAACGAAGUCUGAUGUGGCUAGCUCAAUGUUAGCAAGGUAGCAGUAAUGGUUGCCCUCUCCCUUGGAUAUUUUCCCCAUCACUAACGCAACAUGGGCAAGAGAGACAACCGAGUGGCUUACAUUAACCCCAUCGCUGCUUCACGUUCAAGGGGACCGGCCAAUAACGCCGGACCAACCAUACAAGAUUACUUAAGCAGACCUCGACCAACAUGGGAAGAGUUAAAGGAGCAGCUGGAGAAGAAGAAGAAGGGCUCUCGAGCCUUGGCUGACUUUGAGGACAAAAUGAACGUGAAAUGGAGGAAAGAACUGGCAAAAAACAGAGAGAAGUUGUUAGCUGGAAGUGAGAAAGAGAAAGACAAAAAGACAACAGAAAAGGAGAAGGAAAAAGAGGAGAAGAAAGAGAAAAAAGAGAAAAAGAAGAGAGACAAGAAGAAAUCCAACAGGCAUUCUUCAUCUUCCUCCUCCUCCUCAUCGAGUUCUGAUUCCCCUAGCAGCUUCCUCACAGAAUCCGAAGAGGAUGAGAAAAAGAGUGUGAAAAAAAAGCGGAAGAGAAAGAAGUCAUCGGCGAGGAGAGCGUCGGACAGCUCCGAGGGAGAAUCCGAUGCUGAAAUCAAGAAGAAAAAGAAAAGAAUAAAGGAAGAGGGGGACAAAGAUAAGGAUGACACGGGUCGUAAAAGAAAAAGGAAGGCGGAGCGAAGUCAUAAAGACUCCUCAUCAGAGUCAUCUGCAGAUUCUGAGGGGGAAGAAGGAGCAGACGCCAAGAAGAAAAAGAGAAGUAGUGAGGAAAAGGAGAAAAUAACGGACAAAUCCAAGAAGAAACGGAAAAAGAAGCACAAGAAGCACGGCAGGAGCAAGAAGAAGAAGGCGGCGUCUCAGUCGGACUCGGAGCCGGAUAAACAGCCGCGGCGUUACGGGUCGCUCAUCCUCCUGGCGGUCCACAAGUAGUGUUAUUUGGCUUUUGAGCAGCAUCCAGCGUUGCUCCUCUUGCUUCAUCGAGAGGCAGACUGACCCCCGUGAGGCUGUGGUUCGGAGGGGGGAGUUCAUUAGAGGGAGGCACCCGUCCCUCUAGGUGGAAACUACCGGUACAUGUCUUCUGUUGAUUUCUUCACCACCAAUGCUUUUUUUUUCUUCUUUUUUUUUCAUUUUUUAGUAAUGGUUCCUUCUACCAUGGGACUGCUAUUAACUCCUUCACCCCUCACUUUUGAGAUUACAAUGUGAACGGCACCCGUCUUCGUGUUCACACGUGCUGGCCCUCUCGGAGUCGCUCACUCCGCUUAAUUCCCAGUGUGCCGGAUGAGUCCGCCUCGAGGCGUGCACGCAGACCAGAUGACCUGAUGUCUCGCCAGCCUCAUAUUGAAGUUGGACUUAUGAUAAGAAAUGUGAGCUUCCACAUUCAAACACGGGAUAAUUGUUUUCCGAUAGACGAGAUUGUUGCACUGCAGUGUAAAUGUAUAAACAAUUUCAUUAAUAAAGUAUUGUUUUAGCUUUCCGCGCUG